CCCAAACACGCUCUCCAGCCCGACAGCAUCACAUCAGAAAUGCACGCAAGAACAGCAUAUCGGACAGCUCGCCGAUUUGAAUUCCAGCUCGGCGAUGCCUGGUACAUAACGCGUCCAGUCAACAUAGCUUUGCCGCGCCUCGAGAGACAACCCACCGAGCACUCUCUUGUCACCAUCAUUUCCGCGAGUCACCCAGCCCAACUCGCAGACGGCGGCUGGAUUGAAGCACAGGUGCGCAGUUUUGUCGGAGCGGGAGACGAUGUAUGGAACGAGAACUUUCUUCAAGGCCUGCUUAUCGGCACGCCUGAGCCGACCCCAUCCCCUUCGUCGACCUUCUUGGACAGUAUGAAGCGCUUAGUUCCGUGGCACGCUUUUGUACCCAACCUUAAUUUUCCUCCCGGUCCGUAUGCUCUAUCACCUACUGGCCUGAGUCAGGUCUAUCGUCUGUACGACGACACUAAAAAUGCUUUCAUGGUUCCUAUUGAACCCACAUCUACUGAAGAUGGACACUUUGAACCUCUGCAACUUGCAGGCAACUAUCCGCAGUCGCAAAGUAUUGCCGUCCCCUCCAGGCUCUCGACUCUGGCCACUGACCACCAUCCUCUGCGCGGGAAGUGCAUCGCUGUCAAAGAGCUCUUUUCUCUCCAUGGUCUUCGCGUGGCUCUUUCCAAUCGCGCCUUCCUCGCUGUUCAAAGUCCGGCCAAGGAGACCGCACCUGCCAUCCAGAAACUACUAGAGACUGGAGUCGUAUUGCUUGGAUCAACAAAAUGCAGUUCCAUGAUUUCUCGAGAGGAUCCCAUCGAGGCGGUCGAUUUUCAAGCGCCAUGGAAUCCUAGAGGCGAUGGCUACCAGUCCCCGGUAGGUAGUAGCAGUGGCAGCGCUGCUAGUAUCGCUUCCUAUGAUUGGCUCGACAUUACCAUCGGUUCUGAUACCACGGGCAGUAGCAGGCGACCAGCUUUUGUAAAUGGCUGUUUUCAGCACCGAUUUUCGCAUGACUUGUUCUCUCUCAAAGGUGUCCAGCUAUGCUAUGGGCCCAUGGAUGCGCCGGCAGCAUUUACCCGAAGUAUCAACGAGCUCGAGGCUGUUGUGAAAGCCUGGGCUUCAGUGGGAAACCCGAAGACUUUCUCCAAACCGACCGUAAUCAUAUAUCCAACCGACUAUCUUCCCGUUGCGAAUAGAGAGCAGCAGACUAUGAUAGAUCAGCUCAUAGACGAUGUAGCAGAGGCUUUCUCAAUUCCAGUAAAAGCCGUCUCUUUCAAACAGAAGUGGCAGGAGUCUCCUCCCAAAGAUGUGGAGGGCGAAUCUUUGGAAGCCUAUUUGCAUAAUGUAGGACUAAACACGUUUGUUUACGGCUUUUGCCACAAUCACGACGAAUUCCGGCAAACUUAUCAGCAGAAGUAUGGACACCCACCAUUUGUGAACAAGGUCACCCAGUGGAGAUGGGAUGUUGGUGGCACGAUUAGUCACGAGCAGCAUAAUGACGCCGUAAGACGCGCACAAGUUUACAAGGAUUGGCUUUUGCAGAAUGUUCUCGAGCUAGACAGGGAGACGGCGCUUGUCGUUCUGCCCAUCAAAGAAGCCGAGCCAAAUUAUCGCGAUACGGAUCCAGGGCCGCCCUUUGCUCAAGACACAUGGGAUCCGCUUUGGCUCUCGCCAGUUCUCGGAGCACCAGAGAUCUCCGUUCCAGUUGGAAAUAUUAGAUACAACUCCAGAAUUACUAAGCGGCCAGAGUUGCUACCUGUUGCUGUUUCCUUUGUUUCUCCUCCAGGCACCGAUGAGUUGUUGGUAAGUGCCUUGAGGAUGGUCUUCGCUCAUGCUGGACGUCCUGAGUCAGUUCAAAUUGGUCGGAAUAUGUACGGGUAGAGAUUUAUCAUGGCCAUUGCAGGUACAUAUUGUAGUUUUGAGGCCAUGGUCAUCAAUGAGAUCUGACGCAACACGUACACAAUUAUGCCAGUGAGUUGCCCAAGCACUCAGGCAUACACACAAAUUGCAGGUACAAAGGGUACAAUACCGCCGAAGUGAGUGGGAAACCGUCGGGUCAGUCAACAGCCUUAGAGAUCCAAACCCACCCAUCGUAGUUACCUGGAUUUGCAAAGCCAGCUCCGGCACUGCAGUACAGCCGUGUACGGUGCGUGUGCUGCAUGCUACUGUACAUUAUUUUUUCAUUGCCUUCUCUUAUAUUGGCCCAUGGAUAUAGAUGGGACUCUUCAGUCAAGAAACCUGUUAUUCAAGCUGGAUCCCACAACAACAGGAACCAAAAAGAACAAGGCGGGGACAAGCCCCAUUCCAUUCCAGCCGAGCGCUACAAUCGCCUCUCACUCACGACUCACACCUCCCAUCCAAC